AUGAAAAAUUCAUCUGGAUCAAAUAGACUAAUAAAUAGUAAAAGAACUAGAACAUCUCUAACGAUUAAUCAAGAUAUUACUUUGCCAGCCAAUCAUGCUAGGAAUUCGUCAAUUUAAGCUUUAGAACUCAAUAAACAUGAAAUUAACUAACAUUAAGACAAAAUAUAUUUUUCUCCCCGAGUCGGAUCUCCUAAGAAACAUGCACAAUAGAAAAGUAUCAAAAAAUUUAAAUGAAAGGCUUAAGUUAAACUUUGUUGAAAUCUUAUGCAUCUCAAAAAUUGUUAAAAACUACAUAGAAAGAUGUUCAAGAAACUAACCAAAUUAAAGAUGGAGAUACAUAUAAAAUGAUAUCACCAAAAGUGAUAUUCAAAGAUGAUAAAAUCAAUGUGUAUUUUGUCAAAGAAGUCAACAAAUUCAUUCAACAAAAUGAAAUGCGAACCUAAACCUAAGAAUAAGCUAUGAGAGAGUAGACCAUACAAGAAGUAACUAACUCGAGAGUCUCAAUCAAAGGACCGAUUGGAUCCACUUAAAAUUAAAUGUCAGUGAGAAUAUCAUAGGGGAUUUUGAGCGACCCUAAACAUUUAUUUUCUCUGUCAAGUAAAAAGAUAAAACUAGAAAAAGUUGAAAACUUAAAUACUAGUGUUAAGUUUUCCUUGCAAAGAUUAUUGAAAUUAUAGCAAUGA